CGGGACGUCGGUCUUCGGGAUGUAACGUUUCUGGUGCCGACCAGCCUAGAGCGAAUUAGAAAAUGGAUGAUGUUGAGAAAGGCAAGAAGAUUUUUGUUCAGAAGUGUGCCCAGUGCCACACUGUGGAAAAGGGAGGCAAGCAUAAGACCGGACCCAAUCUCCAUGGUCUUUUUGGGCAGAAGACAGAUCAGGCUGCUGGAUUCUCCUACACAGAUGCCAACAAGAACAAAGGUAUCACCUGGGGAGAGGACACCCUGAUGGAGUAUUUGGAGAAUCCAAAAAAGUACAUCCCUGGAACAAAAAUGAUCUUCGCUGAAAUUAAGAAGAAGGGAGAAAGGGCAGACCUAAUAGCUUAUCUUAAAAAGGCUACCAAUGAGUAAUUCCACUGCCUUAUUUAUUACAAAACAAAUGUCUCAUGGCUUUCAAUUGUACCAUAAUUUAAUUCGUACAUCAAAAUUCAGAUCAUGAAUGGCUAACAAUAUUUUUGUUGGACAGUACCAAUUUAAGUAAAACUGACUUGUAGUAAAAUGGAUAUGACCUUUUUCAAAAUAAUAAUCCAGUUGCAUAUAGACUAUCACUGCUCUCCCUUUCUCAAGAUAAGAUUGGACUUAAGUAGUAAUGUUCUACUUUCCACAAAGAUGGGGGUGUCACCUCAAACCUAUUAAAUGGUUUUGUACUUAGAUUUAUAUAAAUGGGCAUAUGAAUGUGUUUAAACACUGGGAAA